ACAAGUGACGCUCUAAUGGAUGACAGCGAAUUUCCACCAAAUGAUGUACACAUAGACUCAAAGGACAGUCUUCCUGCUGACUAUAGGGUGGAAAGUUUGUCAUCUCAUUUGGUUUCUUCAGCUGAUGAAAAUGAAAAUCAACUUGACAAUGAUGGGAAUGAGGUUCUGACCAGUAGUAGCAUUGCUAUGGGACAACAGCAUAAUGGUGAGCAGGACAGCAUCAAUAAUAAUGAGAAUAUGGACACUGGAGACUGUACCCCGAGCUGUAAGGAAAGUGAGACCGAGAGGAGAUCUGAAAAUGUCCAUAUGGAUACCCAGCUGGAGGAAAAGCCUAUUACAGAAAAACAGCCAUGCGGAAAAAGAAGUCCAAGAAGCAAAAGAAGCUCCACUAAAAAAUCUAAAGGAGUUUCUACAGUGGGAACCACAGCAAUCAAGGAGGAAAAUAUGCUUAUUAGAGAUACAGAUUUUGUGCAUGCUGAAGUUGCUGUUGAAGCAAAUGAAAACUUUCACCAAAGAGAACAAAAACAAACAUUGCAGUCUCUUUUCUCUUUGCUCCGUGAGGAAGUUGAGCAGAUGGAUUCAAAGAUACUUCCCCUGUGUCUCCAUCAGAUAGCUGAGACCUAUUUUCAAGAGGAGGAAUAUGAGAAGGCGAUGAAGUUCAUUCAGCUCGAACGGCUGUAUCAUGAACAGCUGCUUGCAAAUCUUUCUUCCAUACAGGAGCAGUGGGAAAGAAAAUGGAAAACAGCAGUUCCUAGUCCAGUUACAACAGUGAGGAAUUCUGCUAAAGAACUGAGCGGUGAAGAGCUGGAAAAGCUUUCUAGAGUUUGCUCUUCACAUCAACAGCCACAGGUAUCCAAAAAUAAGCUAGUAGCUGCAGAAAAUACAUGGGAAAGCAGUUAUUUGCUUCAGCUAAUGGAAUCAAAAAAUUUAAAGGAAAGAGAAGCUGCUGCUUUUAAAUCAGGUACUGAAACUUGUCCUGGCAUCGGACCAAAGAAAGAAGAUAAACAACUGAGCACUAGUUCUCCAGGUGAAAACAAACGCGAGAGACAGACAGAGGCUGCAAGCCUGUGGUUAGCUGCAGGAAAAGACCACAUGGAGGAGCAGCACUGCAGUGCUGAAUCAACAUUGGAGCCACACACCCAGUCCACAGGGACAGUGGGCCGGCCUUCUUCAGGCUGUUCAUCAUUUGGAAAUGCCGGUAAAGAUAACAGUUUGCAGCUAAGAGAAAGACAGCUCUCUAAGGAUGCAGAAAAAACAGAAGACACGGGUGGGAAGCCUGGAGUGAAACUCUCUCCUGAGCCAAUGGUAGAGGCUUUGGUUUUAACAGAUGCUGAUUAUAUGCCUACUGAUUUGGUUCCUACCGAUAAAGAUGUGCAAGCUGAUAGAAAUCUGCUCAGAUCAAAACAUGCUCCUGGCUCUUCAGAAACUGCUAGUGGCCACCUUGGAAAUAGUGAUUUAAAGCAGCAACAGAAGCAGCAUGGCAAUGAUGAUGAAAAAUCUUUGCGGGACAGGACUGUAUCAAAUGUAUGCUCUGAGUGUAAUAAAGUGUCAGAACAUGAGAGUACUGCCCAUUCACAAGUAUGCAAGGAAAUACAGAGAACAGCAGGACAGGAGGAGAAGGUAAAUAAUGAAGAACAAGAAGAUUUAUUUCUCAGAUUUUUAAAUGGUAACAUAAUAGACACUGAAGAAUCAUUUGAAAACCAGAAGGACUUUGACACUGUUCCAGAUAUUUCACCUGAACGAGCAUCUUACAACUCACUGGAAACUUUAUCACUAGAUGACAGCUUUUCUUCUCUCGAUGAACUUGCAAGAAGGAUAGAGAUUGCUGAGAUUGCCCCAGCAGAAGGAUUGGUGUCUAUACUAAAGAAGAGAGAUGACAGGGAAGGAAAACCAGUUGCUCAAGUCCAACAAAGGCAAACAAAGAGAAGAGUGCGAUUCCAAGAGAUGGAAGACACAUUGGAUCAAGAAGAAGUAGCGGGUGGCUCCUGUAUUUUGCUGAUCCUGCUGUGCAUAGCAACUGUUUUCCUUAGCAUUGGAGGAACUGCAUUGUACUGCACCUUUGGUGACAUGGAAUCCCCUGUGUGUACUGAUUUUGCAGCCAACAUGGAUUUCUAUUAUACCCAGAUACUGCAUCGUAUGGAAGAACUUAAACACUGGAUAGCCUUCUCAUAAUUGAAAUGAGCGGAAGCAGCACACUGAAAGGUCACCAGUGGUUACUGGAGAGGGUAGAAAAAAAUUGUGAUUUCAAGUUCUCUAAAUUUGCUACCUGAUGAUGU